AUGCUCCGCGCCCGCUUCUUCACAACAUCAUGCCGUUGGUUCAAGCAGAAGCCACCGACCCGUCUGCCCUGGCCACCUAAGCCAGUCAAGCCAGGGAACACUGCAAUAAAAGCCGCAGAGGCUCCCUCGAAUCCAACCUCAGGCCAAAUAACAGUCUCGACUGCAACAGUGGCUCAUACGGCAAUUUCCAAGGCUGCCUCGACACCAGCGCCGACACCGAAACCCGUGGCCUCCUCUAAACCUUUGCCAUUCCUCCCUCCAGAUGGCAUCCCAGCCACAUACGCAGAGCGUUUGGCCAGCCGUGGUCGCACCCUGCUCUACGAAGCUCCUUCACAUUUCUGGUUUCGUGCCGGUUGCUUCUCCUCGGGCGCUUUCUGUGCCAGCUACACCGUCUACCAGUACUGGACCGUGAUCCUGCAUCCGCCAGAGGGUCUCCUCUGGUGGGUUCCUCAUGCAUUUGGAGUCAUUCUGGUCUUCAUGUCCGGUAUGGCCGCCUACUUCAUCAUGGGCACCGGCAGAAUUGUGAGGACCAUCGAGGCAGUGCCAUGGCGCCAGGUGUUUGGCGAGGGCGUACCUAAGAAGAAGCCUUGGAUGAGCAAGGCCGUCAAGAAGUCUUUGCAAACGACGUCUCCGCAGGAGGGAGCGAAGAAAGUGCUCGUAGAGGUUGCCACGCGUGGCAUGAUCCCGUUCUGGCCUGCUAAGAAGAGGCUGUACCUGCCGGAAGAGAUCCAACUGCCCAUGAGGAUGAACAGUGUCUACGGUAGUGGUGCAAUCGGUGGUGCUGGCCCUCAGAACAAUGAGUAUCUGAGCCUGGCUGAGCGUGUUCGGAGGGAGCGUGCUCUCAGGGAGGCUCGCGAAGCUGAGAGGAAGUACAACAUGGAUCACAUUCUGACUGCUCCAUUCAGAGACGCCCGCAAGGUGUUCCGGGGCAUGUUCAAGGGUAUCAGGCGGUCAUUUGACCGUGAGGGCUUUGUCAAGAUCAAGUUGGGCGAUGAGAAAUACAAGCUGGAUGUUACUGGCGGGUGGGCGCUUGACGAGGGGCGCGCAAUGGACCGGUUGCUUGCAGUGAGGCCGAAUGCCUUGAGGUGA